UGGCUUGUUUCAGUUAUGGUAUUUAUUUGAAAACUUUGGUCCGAUCAAAGUGCAUUAAUGGCUAUGCAUCUGGUGGUUAGAUAGAUGGUGAGACUCAAUGUGUAACAGACUGGCCUCAGUAAUUGCUCUUCAUCUUCUUUUCACCUAUAAAACCUCUCUCAUGUCCAUCCUUCAAUUCACUAUACACUUCAUCUUCAUCAUGCAUCAUAACCCACUUCUCACAUAAUUUCUUCUUCAAAAGUUUCAAGCUUUUCAAUCUUUCUUUUUCAUUUUGGAGAAAUGGAUUUAUCAGUGGCAUUACUGUUAUUCACAGGAGUAACAGUCUAUCUAUUAUGGUUUACCUUCAUUUCAAAACCAUUGAAAGGUCCACGAGUCUGGCCUAUAGUUGGGAGUUUACCUGGUUUGAUCGAGAAUGGAGACCGCAUGCAUGAAUGGAUUGCUGACAACCUUCGAGCCUGCGGUGGUACAUACCAAACAUGUAUCUGUGCCAUACCUUUCCUGGCUAGGAAACAGGGUCUCGUGACAGUUACAUGUGAUCCCAAGAAUCUCGAACAUAUACUCAAAUCGAGGUUCGAGAAUUACCCGAAAGGACCCACUUGGCAAUCUGUCUUUCAUGACUUGCUUGGUCAAGGAAUCUUUAACUCAGAUGGAGAUACUUGGAGGUUUCAGAGGAAAACCGCUGCUCAUGAGUUCACGACAAGGACACUUCGUCAAGCCAUGGCGAGAUGGGUGACUCGAGCUAUUAAGAUGAGGUUUUGUCCUAUACUAGAAAUGGCUCAGUAUGAGAAAAGAACGGUAGAUCUUCAAGAUUUGCUACUUCGGUUAACUUUCGAUAACAUUUGUGGGUUGGCAUUUGGGAAGGAUCCGGAAACGCUGGCGAUUGAUCUCCCGGAUAAUGUAUUCGCUUCAGCAUUCGAUCGCGCGACGGAGGCUUCACUUCAACGGUUUAUAUUGCCGGAAAUCAUUUGGAAGGCGAAGAAACGGUUGAGGCUCGGUUUGGAAGUUAGUUUGACAAGGAGUCUAGAACAUGUAGACCGUUACAUGUCGAAUAUCAUUAAUACACGUAAGCAAGAGCUUUUGGAGACUAGUCAUUAUACUAAAACUGAAGUUGAAGAUGAAGAUCGUCACGACGAUUUACUCUCGAGGUUCAUGAAGAACAAGGAUUGCAAUUCGGAUUCAGAUUCGGAUUCAAUUCUACAACACGUGGUCCUCAAUUUCAUCCUAGCUGGACGCGACACGUCGUCAGUGGCGCUUUGUUGGUUCUUUUGGUCGUUAAUCCAAAACCCAACUGUCGAAGAAAAGAUUCUUCGCGAAAUAUGCUCAACUUUGAUGGAUACUCGCGGCGGGGAUGAUUUAAAAACGUGGGUAAACGAGCCACUCACGUUCGAGGAACUCGAUAGAUUAAUCUAUCUUAAAGCUGCGCUUUCCGAAACUCUUCGAUUAUACCCAUCAGUUCCUGAAGAUUCUAAGCAUGCUGUAUCCGACGAUGUAUUACCGGACGGAACAUUUAUUCCAGCCGGUUCGUCGGUUACUUAUUCGAUAUAUUCGGCGGGGAGAAUGAAGUCAACGUGGGGCGAGGAUUGUCUCGAGUUUAAGCCGGAGAGGUGGUUAUCAUCAGACGGGAAGAGAUUCACUAUGCAUAGUUCAUAUAAGUUUGUGGCGUUCAAUGCGGGUCCUAGGAUUUGUUUGGGGAAGGAUUUGGCUUAUUUACAAAUGAAAUCAAUUGCGGCUUCACUUUUGUUGAGACAUAGUUUAACGGUGGCAAAUGGGCAUAGGAUUGAACAAAAGAUGUCGUUAACGUUGUUUAUGAAACACGGGCUUAAAGUGAAUGUUCAUAAGAGGGAAUUGGGAUCGGUUUUGGAUCGGAUAAUGGAAGAGAGGUUGGCCGUGGCCGGCGCCGGCGAAGGUGAGAAGGUUGUUGAGGAGAAUUAAAGAGAGUUUGAUGAGGUUGUUGGAAUGGUUAAAUUAUAAGAUUUACCAUUAUUAUUGUUAUUCAAAAUAUGGGGACAUAUUACAGGUUGGCUUUCUUUAUUGGAGUGUUUGUUGGGGUGCUUUCAUUUCAUUGAAACUCUCCCACAUGCAUGCUAUAAUAUCCACAGUGGGAAGAGGGGAGAAGUUAUUAUUUUUUAUUUGGAGAUUUUUAAUUGUUUUUAUUUGUUAUAUUUCAUUAUUUAAGAUUGAUCCUAUAUAAAAUAAUUAAUGAGGGUUAUAUAUAUUAUUUGAGUAUUUGGAAAUGAAAUGAUUGAUUUUGAUUGAGAGAAAUGGAAGUAGGCAAUAGAAUCAACUUGGAAUGUUUCAUAGAUCUGUGUUCUUUUGUUUGUUUGUUGUUUUGUUCCUCUUUGGGGUUCUUCUGAUGGAUCUGGGAAAUUUUGCACAAAUUUCCAAGAUUGCAGAAAAUGGUGGUUUGGAUCAAGGUGAUUUUGUUUGUGUACUUGUAUUUAUUUUCUUGUACACCUUUUUGGCUUAUAGAGUUUUCAUCUUGUA